AUGGUGGAUCUCAGUGGUAUCAGGGAGGACAGCCCUAACAAUGAGAGAUUGCUUCCAGUAGUGCAGGAUCUUCGAGGCAGUCUCGUCAACCAAGUCAGGGGCAUAAUAUGCAGGGUUGAGGUGGUCAGACUAGCAGAGGUUGUGGUGGACGACAGCAGACCCAGGGAUUGCUACAGGAAAAUAAUUACUUUCCAUCAUCCUGGACUACCUGAGGUUACUUUUGUGGGUCAGUACAGUAGGGUGAGGCAUGACGUUAUUUCCGCUAUGAGAGCAAAAAGGUUAUUAUCGAAAGGUUGCCAGGGAUAUUUAGCUCAUGUGCUGUUGAAUGAUGUUGCUCCUAGUAGUGUGGAGGAUGUGAAAGUAGUCAAGCAUUUUCCUAAUGUAUUCCCUGAUGAUUUACCUAGAUUGCCGACACACCGUGAUGUGGAGUUCAUUAUUGAUUUGCUUCCGGGUACGGAUCCUAUAUCUUUGACUCCUUAUAGAAUGGCUCAUUUGAAGAUCAACAAUGAGGAUGUCCCUAAGACAACUUUCAGGAUUCGUUAUGGUCAUUAUGAGUUUUUGAGUUUCCAGCAGUUGAAGUAUUAUCUCACUCAUGCACUUGUUUUAGCACUCCCAGAUGAUAAUGGUAAUUUUGAGGUCUACAAUGAUGCUUCCUUGAAUGGUUUGGGAUGUGUGCUAAUGCAACAUGACUUGAGAUCAACUGGAGUGAAGUUAAAGGUAAAAGAUCCGGAGGAAGCCUUACUUGCUAAUUUUCAAGUUAGGCCAAUUUUAAUUGAUCGUGUACUUAAAGCCCAGAUGGAUGAUGAAGAAAUCCAUGAGUUAAUUGAAGCAAGAAGUCAGGGGAAAAAGAAGGAUCUCAGAGUUCGAGAAACUGAUGGCAUGCUUAUGCAAAAGAGCAAAGUGUAUGUGCCGAAUAAUGUGGAAUUAAAGAAAGAAAUUUUGGAUGAAGUGCACUGUUUGGCUUAUGCAAUGCAUCCUGGAGGUUUACUUCUAAGUUCUGGGUGGCAUUUCAGGAGGCUUUGGGAUCGAGCUUGGCAUAAGCGGUUAGAUUUGAUGGAAUUCCUGGUUUUGGAGGGCCCUGAGAUAGUGGAAGAGACUACUCAGAAUAUUCAGGUGAUUAAGUCUAACCUGAAAGCGGCCCAGGAUCGACAGAAGAGCUUAGCAGAUAAACAUGCCACUGACAGAGUGUAUAAAGUGGGUGAUUGGCUUGAGUUUCCUCCAGAGUUGUCUAAAGUGCAUGAUGUGUUCCAUGUUUCCAUGCUUCGUCAUUAUGUUUCGGAUCCAUUGCAUGUUAUUCCUCCUCAACCUUCGGUAAUUAAUCCAGAUUUGACUUAUGAUAAGGAACCAGUGACUAUCCUAGAUUGGAAAGAUAAAGUUCUGAGGAAUAAGACAGUGCGUUUAGUGAAAGUUUUGUGGAGGAAUCACUCGGUGGAAGAGGCUACUUGGGAGAUACAGGAGCAUAUGAAAGAGUUGUAUCCACGCUUGUUUUAUGAUUACUAG